AAGCCGAGGAAAGCCCAAAGCCGGAGUUGCGGGAGGAAUAGGGUCGAAAUCAGAAUGCUUCAGCUUCACCUCGCAACCUUUGCCGCAGCCUCUGGACUCCACUCCGCCCAUCGCCCCCUCCGCUUUCCAGUCAAUCGUACUCUCUUCACUUCUUCAACUGACGCCUUUUCUUCUUCUUCCUCCAUGCUGAAGCACAACACUCCUGUUUUGCGUUGCCGAGCAUCCGCCGACGAACAUCUUCGCGAGGCUUCUCCGGUCAGGAGAGAUGAUUUACCAGUUCAUGGACUAUCCGAAACAGUAGUUGGUGUUCUUGGUGGAGGACAAUUGGGCCGUAUGUUGUGUCAAGCAGCGUCACAAAUGGCUAUCAAAGUCAUUGUUUUGGACCCACUUGAGAACUGCCCAGCAAGCUCAAUCUCCAAUUAUCAUAUGGUUGGAAGCUUUGAUGAUAGUGCUACCGUCCAGGAAUUUGCAAAGAGAUGUGGAGUAUUGACUGUGGAAAUUGAACAUGUUGAUGUGGCAACUCUAGAGAAGCUUGAGCAACAAGGAGUAGAUUGCCAACCUAAGGCAUCUACUAUUCGAAUAAUCCAGGAUAAAUAUCUCCAAAAAGUUCACUUUUCUCAGCAUGCAAUUCCACUUCCUGAGUUUAUGCAGAUAGAUGAUCUUGAAAGUGCCAAGAGAGCUGGAGAUCUGUUUGGCUAUCCUCUUAUGAUCAAGAGCAAAAGGCUUGCUUAUGAUGGGCGUGGAAAUGCAGUUGCUAAGAGUGAAGUGGAGCUUUCUUCUGCCGUGACUGCGCUUGGAGGAUAUGAACAUGGUUUAUAUAUUGAGAAAUGGGCACCUUUUGUAAAGGAGCUGGCUGUCAUUGUGGCAAGAGGAAGAGACAAUUCUAUGUUGUGCUAUCCUGUUGUUGAAACUAUUCACAAGGAGAACAUUUGUCACAUAGUUAAGGCACCUGCUGAUGUGCCUUGGAAGAUCAGAAGGCUUGCCACGGAUGUUGCAUAUAAAGCUGUUAGCUCAUUAGAAGGUGCUGGUGUGUUUGCAGUAGAGAUGUUUUUGACUAUAGAUGGUCAGAUUUUACUAAAUGAAGUAGCACCUAGACCUCACAAUAGUGGUCAUCACACUAUUGAAUCUUGCUACACUUCACAAUUUGAACAACAUCUGCGGGCGGUUGUCGGCCUUCCUCUUGGUGAUCCAUCAAUGAAAACCCCAGCUGCCGUUAUGUACAAUUUACUGGGCGAAGAUGAGGGAGAGGCUGGUUUCAGUUUAGCCAAUAAACUGAUUGGAAAGGCAUUAAGUAUUCCAGGGGCCUCUGUUCAUUGGUACGAUAAACCAGAAAUGCGAAAGCAAAGAAAAAUGGGUCAUAUCACUAUUGUAGGCCCUUCUAUGGGAAUUGUGGAAGCUCGGCUGCACUCAAUGUUGGGGGAAGAAAGUGUGGAUGAUCAGUCUUCAGUAACACCUCGUGUUGGAAUCAUAAUGGGCUCUGAUUCAGAUCUUCCUGUUAUGAAGGAUGCUGCAGGGAUUUUGAAUCACUUUGGUGUGCCUCAUGAGGUGAGAAUAGUUUCAGCACACAGAACUCCUGAAAUGAUGUUUUCUUAUGCAAUGUCUGCUCGGGAGCGAGGCGUUCAGAUCAUCAUUGCUGGUGCUGGUGGUGCAGCCCAUUUGCCAGGUAUGGUAGCUGCAUUGACUCCCCUACCAGUUAUUGGUGUGCCUGUGCGUGCCUCUUCAUUAGAUGGACUUGACUCCCUCCUAUCAAUUGUGCAGAUGCCAAGGGGUGUUCCUGUUGCUACAGUGGCUAUAAAUAAUGCCACAAAUGCUGGUUUGCUGGCAGUAAGAAUGUUGGGGGUUAGUGAUCCUGACCUACAGGCGAGAAUGAGCCAGUACCAAGAAGACACAAAGGAUGAUGUCUUGGUAAAAGCCGAGAAGCUAGAGAAAGAUGGCUGGGAGUCCUAUUUGAAUCCUUAGUGCUGGCACAGUGUUGGUAAUUUCUUGCCCAUUCCUUUUUUCCCGGAAAGCUCAUACACCUACUAUUAGAUGACUUUGACGUUGGAAGAAAACCAGCAGGACAACUGCAAAAACAUCUUAGAAAAAGAUAUAGCAAUGUAAGUUACAAUAUUGGGAAGCUGGCAGAGAAAAGGUGGGAGUGAUGGUUGUGAGUUUGUAUAAGGGAAAGAUUUUUUUUUUAUCCUAAGGGGGUUCCAUGCAUUUACAAUUUUGCUAAAAGGAAAGAUUUUGUAUUUCAAGGGUUUCCUUAUGAUAAUGAUUAAUGACUGCCAGCCAUCCAUUUGUUUUUUGCC